AUGUGUUUUAGUGAGCGAAACUCGACGAGGAUUAUAUAUACACGGUCAGACCUGUAUAAUAUCGGGCAAUUACCAAGUUCGCAAAAAGGACUUAAUCCUAUUAUUAUCAACACUUUGAAAGGACUUAAGUUAAUGCAAUACAGAGGGAACAGAGGUGGGCAAUAUGGGAUUAGACGAGCCUGGGAUACUAACAAUGGUGUGAAUGUUGACAAUUUACAGUUACUUCCCCAAGAAAUAACAAAAGUUAAUCAGAGAAGACGUAUAGAAAAAUCACUCAGCAUGUGCAAUGUGAAAAACUUAAUCCGGGUAAAUCGUGAACACAAUACAACAGUAAAAGGCCAAACAAACAUAAAAAUAUGUUUAAUGAACACACGCUCAGUGAAAAACAAAACCCUAUCCAUAUGUGACUUUAUUCUCUCCAAUGAGUUUGAUAUAUGUGCCAUAACUGAAACAUGGCUAGGUAGUUCCGUUGAUAAGGUGUGUAUCAGUGAACUUGUACCUCCUGGCUACAAAAUAAAACAUGUCCCGCGUGUUGGUAGGCGAGGUGGUGGUGUAGCUAUCAUCCAUAAAGCUUCUAUACAAGUCACCACUGAGUCGUCAAGUCAAAGCAAGGAAUUCUCACAAUUUGAGUUCAUGGACUGUAAUGUAGUAAUUGGGCGGUACUCUAUGAGGCUAGCGGUAAUAUACAGACCACCUCCUUCUAAACAGAACGGCUUGAAUACAAACACUUUCCUUGAUCAUGAGUGGCCCCUUUUCUUAACUAAGUACGCUACAGUUGACAAUUCUGCAAUCAUAGUAGGCGAUCUGAACCUUCAUCUAGAUAAACCAGACAACAAUGAUACGAGAAAAUUUACAAGUAACCUUGAUGCAUGUGGUAUGCAUCAGCAUGUACAAGAACCAACCCAUGUUGCAGGUCAUACAUUGGACGUAGUGAUAUCAAGGGAAACAGACAACAUUGUAUCAAACAUAGAGGUCGUAGAUCCUGGACUCUCUGAUUCUAGUGGAAAUAUCUUAUGUGACCAUUUUGCUGUUACAUUUGAUGUCAAAGCCUCAAAACCUGCACCGGUACGGAAAUUGGUUUCUUACAGAAAACUUCGCGCAAUUGACAUUGAUUCUUUUCGAGAUGACAUACGGAAAAUGGAAUUCUUCAACAAAGAGUGUAUCCCUUCUGACAUAGAUGGUUUUAUGAUGGAAUAUUCAGACAGUCUAACCUCUAUUUUGGAUAAACAUGCUCCGAUGAUUAACAAGACUAUUACAUUGAGACCUGCUUGUCCGUGGUAUACAGAGCAACUCCACGAAGCCAAACAUGAAAAACGUAAACUAGAACGGAAAUGGCGUGAAACUAAACUUACAAUAGACCAUCAGAUCUACAGAACACACUGUUCUAGUGUUAACAAGCUGUUAAAACAAGCUCGUGUAGAAUACUAUACAAGUAAAGUAGAGUCUUGUGGCAAUGAUCAUAAAAGUCUAUCUAAGAUUACCAAAGGUCUACUUGGAGAUACAAAUGAAGUGAUUCUACCAUUUGAUUCAUCUUCAGAGCGCCUUGUCCAGAAAUUCAGUGACUUCUUUAUCGGAAAGAUUGAAAGAAUAAGGAAUAACAUACGUUCUCAAACACAAUCGGUACCGGAUAAUGUAGAUAUGGAAUCUGAAUAUACGGGUGUCAAAUAUACUGUGUUUGCUCCAACCACAGAGCAAGAAGUGAAAGCAUUGAUUAAAAAAUCAGCCACCAAAUCCUGUGAGUUAGAUCCCAUUCCAACAUGGCUGUUAAAAGAAUGCCUAGAUGAACUAACACCAGUGAUAACCAGUUUUAUAAACGUGUCCUUGGAUGCUGCUUAUGUACCAAAAAUGUUCAAACACUCACGUAUAAGACCACUUCUAAAGAAACCAAAUCUAGAUCCUAACGAACUGAAAAACUAUAGGCCUGUGUCUAACGUGCCAUUCCUGUCUAAAAUCUUGGAAAAGGUCGUUGACGUACGACUUGAGAGCCAUCUGAAGACAAAUAAUCUACACGAGGUCAACCAAUCUGCUUAUCGCAAGUUCCAUUCGCCCGAGACUGCAUUGUUAAAAGUUCAAAAUGACAUUCUACGGUCUUUGGAUA